GACUCUCCGCCACCCCUCUCCCAGACCCCCUUCUGUCUGUCUGGCUCACCCCAAUAACACUCUCCUUCAGACAAGACAGGCGGUUUGGGGGGCAGCUCGGAAACAUGUCACAGACUCGAAGGAGCACAUACAGCCGGACCACCAGCAGCGGCAGCAGCAGGAUGAGCUCGGACGGGGGUGGGCGGCCCGUCAAAGUGGGCUCCCUGGUGGAGGUGAUCGGGAAGGGUCAGCGCGGCACGGUGGCCUACAUCGGCAACACGCUCUUUGCCUCCGGAAAAUGGGUGGGCGUCAUCCUGGACGAGGCCAAGGGCAAGAACGACGGCACCGUGCAGGGCAAGCGCUACUUCACCUGCGAGGAGAAUCGCGGGAUAUUUGUGAGGCAGUCGCAGAUCCAGCUGGUUGAUGAUGGGGCGGACACAACGUCUCCAGAGACACCUGAGCCCGGCACUGGCAAGGUCCCAAAACGUGAGAUCCUGGAGACGCCCAAGUCCACUAAACUGCGAGGAGUGAAGCCCAAAAAGGUGGUGCAUGUUUCUCUAACCUCGACUCCUGCACCCCGGAAGACCACGGCCAGAAGGCCCAAGCAGCCCAGCCGACCUGGAGGCCCCGGCGGGAAGGGGGCUGCGUCCGGCUCGGCCUCGGCCUCUGCCGGAGAGAUGAGCAGCAGCGAGCCCAGCACGCCGGCCCAGACCCCUCUGGCCGCUCCGAUCAUCCCCACCCUCCACUCCCCUGGAAACCCUCCGGCCCCCGUCCCCAGCAAGGAGGAGGAGGCGCUUCGUGGUCAGGUGAAGGACCUGGAGGAGAAGCUGGAGACGCUGAAGAUGAAGCGAACGGAGGACAAGGCAAAGCUGAAGGAGCUGGAGAAGCACAAGAUCCAGCUGGAGCAGCUGCAGGAGUGGAAGACCAAGAUGCAGGAGCAGCAGGCCGAGCUGCAGAAGCAACUCAAAGAGGCCAAGAGGGAGGCUAAAGAAGCCCUGGAGGCGAAGGAGCAUUACAUGGAGGAGAUGUCGGACACAGCGGAUGCGAUCGAGAUGGCCACGCUGGAUAAGGAGAUGGCCGAGGAGAGGGCCGAGUCUCUGCAGCUGGAGGUCGACUCACUCAAGGAGAAAGUGGAUGAGCUCACGAUGGACUUGGAGAUCCUCAAGCACGAGAUUGAGGAGAAAGGUUCGGAUGGCGCUGCCUCCAGUUAUCAUGUGAAACAGCUGGAAGAGCAGAACGGCAGACUGAAGGAAGCACUGGUCAGGAUGCGCGACCUGUCGGCAUCUGAGAAGCAGGAACACGUGAAGUUGCAGAAGCAGAUGGAGAAGAAGAACGUGGAGCUGGACACUCUGAGGAGCCAGAAAGAAAAACUGCAGGAAGAGAUGACGGCUGCAGAAAAGACCAUCGACGAGCUGAAAGAACAGGUGGAUGCGGCCUUGGGAGCGGAGGAGAUGGUGGAGAUGCUGACGGAGAGAAACCUGGACCUGGAGGAGAAAGUCCGGGAGCUGAGAGAGACGGUCUCUGACCUGGAAGCUAUAAAUGAGAUGAACGACGAGCUGCAGGAGAACGCCAGAGAGACGGAGUUGGAGCUGAGGGAGCUGUUGGAUCUGGGCGCUGCGAAAGGCCGAGAGGCCGAGAAACGCGUUGAAGCUGCUCAGGAGACUGUAGCUGAUUACCAGCAGACCAUCCAGAAAUACCGCGAGCUCACAGCUCACCUGCAGGAGGUAAACAAAGAGCUGACCAGCCAGCAGGAAGCCUCAGCAGAGCUGCAGCAGCAGCCGCCAGCGGAGAUGUUCGAUUUCAAGAUUAAGUUUGCAGAGACGAAGGCCUACGCCAAGGCCAUUGAGAUGGAGCUGAGGAAGAUGGAGGUGGGCCAAGCCAACAGACACGUUUCUCUUCUGACCUCCUUCAUGCCCGAGUCCUUCCUUCGUCACGGCGGAGACCACGACUGCAUCCUGGUGCUGCUGCUCAUCCCCAGGCUCAUCUGCAAGGCCGAGCUGAUCAGCAAACAGGCCCAGGAGAAGUUUGACCUGAAUGAGAACUGUGUGGAGCGAGCGGGGCUGAAGGGAGCCGUCGGGGAGCAGCUGAGCUUCGCUGGCGGUUUGGUGUACUCGCUCAAUCUGCUGCAGGCCACGCUACACAAAUACGAGCAGGCUCUGGGUCAGUGCAGUGUUGAUGUCUAUAAGAAGAUCGGCUCUCUGUACCCGGAGAUGAGCGUCCAUGAACGUUCUCUGGAUUUCCUCAUCGACCUGCUGCACAAAGACCAGCUGGACGAGACGGUCAACGUGGAGCCGCUCACCAAGGCCAUUAAAUACUAUCAGCACCUGUACAGUAUCCACCUGCCAGACCAUAAUGAGGACUGCACCAUGCAGCUGGCUGAUCACAUCAGAUUUACCCAGAGUGCCUUGGACUGCAUGGCGGUGGAGGUCGGUCGUCUGCGGGCGUUCCUGCACGCGGGUCAGGAGAAGUCCGACCUCGCCGUGCUGCUGAAGGACCUGGAGACGUCCUGCAGCGACAUCCGACAGUUCUGCAAGAAGAUUCGCCGCAGGAUGCCAGGAACAGACGCGCCGGGCAUCCCAGCGGCGCUUAACUUCGGACAACAGGUGUCAGACACCCUCUCAGACUGCAGGAAACACCUCACCUGGGUGGUGGCGGUGCUGCAGGAGGUGGCGGCAGCUGGAGCUCAGAUGAUGUCGCCUCUCGGUGAACAGGAGGGGCUGUCGGCCGUCAAACUGGAGGACGUGGCGUUCAAGGCCGGAGAGCAGAUUUAUGGAUCCCAGGGCGCCAACCCCUACGAGUAUCUGCGGCAGUCCUGUGGCAUCGUCAUAGCAACCAUGAACAAGAUGGCCACCGCCAUGCAGGAGGGAGAAUACGACUCAGAGAAACCUCAAAACAAGAACCCGCCGCCCGUGGACGUGCGAGCGGCGGCUCUUCGAGCUGAAAUCACUGAUGCUGAAGGUCUCGGCAUGAAGCUGGAGGACAGAGAGACGGUCAUCAAAGAGCUGAAGAAGUCUCUCAAGAUCAAGGGAGAGGAGCUGAGCGAGGCGAACGUCCGUCUCAGUCUGCUGGAGAAGAAGCUGGACAGUUCAUCCAAAGACGCAGACGAACGCGUCGAGAAGAUUCAGACUCGACUGGACGAAGCUCAGACUCUGCUGAAGAAGAAAGAGAAGGAGUUUGAGGAGACGAUGGACGCUCUGCAGGCCGACAUCGACCAGCUGGAGUCAGAGAAGGCCGAGCUGAAGCAGCGAAUCAACAGCCAGUCGAAGAUGACCAUCGACGGGCUGAGAGGAACCGGCCCGUCGGGAAUCGCUUCCAUCGUCACAGGAAUAGCAGGAGAGGAACAAAAAGCGAACAUGAUGCCCGGUGUCGGUUCCGGUUCGGGUGUCCAGGUGAUCGACUCUCCUCUGCUGACUCAGCAGAUUGAAGCUCAGAGACUCUGCAUCAAACACCUGAAGAACGAGAACAACAGACUGAAGGCUGAAAAGAUGCGCGCUCAGCUCGCCUCUCUGCCUCCUCUUCAUGUGACCAAACUUCCCUCCAGAGACGGAGGGCGUCCCGAAGUGCUCUCUAGCGCCCUCUACCGCAAGACCGACCAGCUGCUGGAGACUCUGCUGCAAAUGAGUGCCAACGUUAAGGUGGUGGACAUCACUGGGAAAUCUCCAGUGACACCUAGUGCUCAGCUCCUGGAACAGACGGCUAGAUUACAGUCUCUGAGCGACACUCUGGGCAGACUGAAGGAUGAAGUAGCGGAGCAUGUCGUCAACCAGCAACCCGGAGCUCGAGUCUCGUCUGAUUUUGCGACGUUCCCUUCGACCUCGUUUGUCAAAGCGAAGGAGGAGAAGCAGGGCGACUCGGUGCUGGUGGGUCGGGUCAUGGUGCCGUGUCCCCGCGGUCAGGAGCAGGUCCACCGACUCGUCCUGUCUCAGUUUCAGCUGCAGAGAGUUCACAGUCUGCUGCGGACCUAAAACUUCACCCCGCCCUGCGAUCCUGCCUGCUGCACCAACACAACAACACCCUCCAUCAUCAGCUUGGCAGCCUGGUUUCCACUCCAGGGCCAAAACCAGGAGGUUCACAUCACUAGUGGUGAGAUCACAACCUGCAGGAGAUGAGCUUUACCUUUGAGAAACGGGUUGGAGACCAGUCUGAUCUCGAGAUCACUUUGGAUUUUAGAUGUCUAACCGGUUCUGACGCUACCUUGUCUUCAUCUCAGCCAUUUUGAUUGAGAGCUACAAUUAGAGCUGAAAUGAUACGUUAAUUAAUCGAUUAGUUACUCUACAGAAGAAUAAUUGGAAACAAAAAAAUUGUUUUUUGUAAUGGAUUCAUUGUUUAAGUCAUUCACUGAGCACUGAAUCUUUAAUGUGAAUUUAAUGUCUUUGAGUUUUGGACUUUUGUCAAACAAAACAAAUCUAAAGAUGCCCAUUACGACUUUGGUAAAUUAUAAUUUAACAUUUUCUAAAAUUUGAUCAAAAACGAUGAAUUAAUUGUACAAUUGUUCAUUUCUAAACAUUUUAAAGCAAAAGCCAUCACAUCCAGCAUCGUAUUUAUUGAGUGCGUACCACUAAAGUGAUCAAACAUCCUGUAAAACCUCCACAGUAACAGAAGCGUCCACUAUCAGGCGUUCCACUGACUUUUCAACCCAACCUGGUUUUCGAUGAGACUGCUGAGCUCUCGACUACAAACCCUGCAUACUGUAACGUCUACGUUGUGUUUUAAGGCCAGAAAAAGAAGUAGAGAUACUUGCGACCGCACUGCUGCAUGCUGCCCGGAUACACUGAAUUAUUUUGUUGCGUAGAGUAUUUAUGAAGCUGCUCUUUGGCCCUGGUGUGGAACCUGCACACAAUGUGGUUUAUAUUAGGCCAGAACAUUGGAUGUUGCUCCAUGUUUCUAUGUUACACUAUUGGCGCUACUGUUAUUGUUACACAGGAGAAGAAGGAUCAUGGCUGUGUUGUACAUUUUUAAUCAGGUGUCACUGUUGUGUGCUCCAUUUUUUUUUUUUUUUUAUAUAUAACUUAACCGUCUAAAGGGAAAGAAGGAUUAUGUGAUUUAGAAAUUACACUGAAGAAAAACAAAUAAGUUUUGUCCAUUUAAAGUACAGUGGGCAUUUUACUGUGGUUUGAUCAAUGACAAUUUUUUGCACAUAUAACGAGUCCUGAGUGACAGGAGGAACCACAGAGGAGCACUAAAUCCUUCACAGUUGCUUUACUUGGCUGUAAGAACGUGUGGAGGAUUUACUGUUUGUGCUCUGUGGUCCGAUUGAAACCCUGUGGACUGCACAGAACCAGAGAAGCUGAUUAACCUCAAGGGAUUUACUGUGUAAAACUGGGAUACAAUUCUUUGGCUUUUGCUGAUUUUUUUUUUUUUUUUUUUUUUCAUGUUUAUUUAAAAAAAACACAGAAGAAAACAUUAUAUGGUUUUAAAUUAUUUAGUAUUUAUUACACUCGUGGUGUAAAAUUCCUGUAAAGUCGUUACCGUCUACUUUUACAUGCUGUUGGUAUAAAAUGACACACCGGUUUGUAUUGGUAAAGUUAUUGAACUACAAAAAAAAAAAAGAAACACCCAGAAACGACUGUAUUACCUUUUGUUCUGCUCAGAUUUCCUGAUGUUGUUUCAGACUUUGUCCGAGCCUUAAACCUGCAGAGAGCCUUGUGGUAAAGAGCGAUCACCUGCCUUAUUUUUCUUUAGACCAAACCUCGUUUAAAGCAAAACUACAUCUUUGCCAAAGAAUCUUCGUUUCUCUUUCACCACGUUUGCCAAUGGCUGAUUUUAAGAAAAAAAAAAGGCUUUUAGUUCAUUAAUCCGUGCUAAUUAUUUUAUUUAAUGAUUUGUUAGACUGUUUAUGUUUACACAGUAUUGUCAUGACUUGAAGUUUUAUGAUUAAUUUAAUUAACUGGGCAUAGUGCAUCUACUUUAACUGUAGUUAAAAAUGGGGAGAAUGCAGACAUUUGUUAUUUAUUCAUUGUGUUAUUUAUCUGUUCUCAGUGAGCAGCUGAUGUACUGAAAUCUGCAGCUUGUCUAAACUUGUCUUACCUUUUCCUCGUGUGGCUUCCUGCUCUUGCACAACCGAUAACUGAUCAAUAAAGUCAUUAAAGCCAGUG